AUGGCAGACCCGAAAGAUUUGAAGAUCGCCGUCAUCGGCUCUGGCAUGGGCGGUUUGGGCGCUGCUCUCGCGCUCGCCAAAAAGGGAUUCAAGCAUGUUGAUGUCUACGAGACAGCAUCAACCCUUGGUUUCGUCGGCGCCGGUAUCCAAAUGCCCCCGAACGUCGUUCGAACCCUUGACCGCCUAGGCUGCUGGCCCGAGAUCGAGAAGGAGGCCACAGACGUAAAGGGCUCAAGCAUCAGACAGGGAUCAACCAACGUCGAGCUCGCUCACGUCGACAUGCCCAACAUCCGCGAGCUCUAUGGCUACCCGCACUGCAACGGACACCGUUCGUCCCUGGCUGGUCGCAUGUACGAUGCGUGCAAGAAGGAGUCCGCAAUCACGUUCCACUUUGCGACCUCACUCGUGUCUGUCGACUCGUUCGACCCGAAGCCAAAGUUCACAGUGCAACCGCGCGACGGCGAAGCGUACUCGGUAGAAGCCGACGUGCUCCUCGCCUGCGACGGCAUCAAGAGCAUCGUCCGCACCGAACUCCUCGAGUCCAUCGGCGAGAAGGGCGAGGAGGAGGACACGGGCCAGGCCGCCUACCGCAUCAUGCUCACCCGCGAGCAGAUGGCCGACGACCCCGAACUCCUCGCCCUCCUCGACUCGGACGACGUCGUGCGCUGGAUCGGUGAGAAGCGCCACAUCAUCGCCUACCCCGUCUCCUCCCACACCAUCUACAACCUCUCCACCACCCAGCCCGACUCCAACUUCGCCGCCUCGACCAACGCAACCUACACAACAAAGGGCUCCAAGACGGCCAUGCUCAACGUCUUCCACGACUUCUGCCCCUUGGUCCACCGCAUGCUCAACCUCGUCCCGGACGGCCAGGUUUGCGAAUGGCGUCUGCGCAUGCACAAGCCCCUGCCCUCGUGGGUCCACUCCGCCGGGCCCGUCGCCCUCCUCGGCGACGCCUGCCACCCGACGCUCCCCCACCUCAGCCAGGGCGCCGCAAUGGCCAUCGAGGACGGCUCCGUCGUCGCCGAGGUCCUCGCCCGCGCCCCGGACACCUCGCCCGCGACUCUCCGAAAGUGCCUCAAGGCCUACGAACUCUCCCGCCGGGACUGGUGCUCGCAGCUGGUCAACAUGGCCUUCCUCUCCGGCAAGCAGCUGCAUCUCGGCGAGGGUAAGGCCAAGGAGGAGCGUGACCGCAUGUUCAAGGAGAAGAAGGGCGGCACCGUGCCGGAUAAGUGGGCCUCCCCCGAGGUGCAGAAGAUGAUUUACUCCAACGACUGCGUGGCCAACAUCCAGCGUGACUUUGAUGAGCUGUACAAGAGCGUAGAGUAG